AUGAAAGCACUUCAAUUAAAUCGUGCCAACUUGGGUGUACCUCCAACAUUCGCGAAAGCAAUCUUACCGAUCCCCCGCCCGAAACCUGGUUAUGCACUGGUCCAAAUACGUUAUGCCUCAAUCCAACCAUCUGAUCGAAUGAAUGCUCAAGGUGGUUUCCCAUACACCACAUAUCCCCGAGUCCCAGGUCGCGACUACUCAGGCGUGGUGAUUGAUGUUGCAGGAGACACCAAUGACACCAAAUUCUGGAUAGGCAAAAGUGUCUACGGAACGAGUGGCUCAACUCUUGGCUUUGGAGUCGAUGGAACCCACGCCCAAUACUGCCUGAUACCCUGUGCUGCACUUGUCGAGAAACCCGCACUUCUAUCACACAUCCAAGCUGCCACCGUUGGUGUCCCAUUUACCACAGCGCUACUGUGUCUUCGCCGUGCACAGGUAACCGCAAAUGAUAUCGUUCUUGUGCUGGGCUCAAAUGGAGCCGUGGGAUCUGCGGCCGUACAAAUAGCCAAAGCAUUGGGAGCGAAGCAAGUAUUGACAGCAGCGAGACGAGACGACUCAAAGCCUGAUAUUCUCUUGGCUACUAAGGACAUUGCCGCCUUGCUUGAAGAUAGAGUCUCAGCUCUUACCAAUGGAAAUGGGGUGGAUGUGGUCGUCGAUACUGUGGGAGAUCCCGCGCUGAUGUCAGCCACAAUGGAACAGUUGGCAAAUAAUGGGCGAUUUGCAUGGAUUGCAGCUCCUAGGGGGAAUGUUGACAAGAGCAUUUCACUGGAUAUAUUCCAGGCAUACCGCAAGGGAUUAUCGCUUCUUGGAUGCAAUUCAAUCUCACCUUCUGUUGAGGAGUUAGCAGAGCAGUUACGGUUUAUGGGCGACUGGAUUGAUCGGGGGUGGUUGAAGGCUCAAGAUGAGAAGGACUUUGAUAUGGUCACUUUGGAUAAUGCCAUCGAAAAUGGAUAUGAAAAGACUGGCAAGGUCAUUAUUGAUAUGUCAUGA